UUCCAGCCGUAGAGACGUAGAGCCAUUCUUGUGUCGUCUUGGAGCGCCGGCCACCACUCCCGGCGAAUCCAUCCCACUCCCACUCCCACUCCCACUGCCACUCCCCUGGAGACCUAGGGUUCCACCUCCCAUCCCAGCCAUCCCCGCAUCGCUGCUAUGGCCGACCCCGACGAGCUCGGCCGGAGGCUGGCCGUCGUGGGCGUCUCCGACCCCGGCCCCGACGACGCCGCCGGCACCAGCAACCUCUUCCAGGUCAUGCGCGCCGUCGAGGAUGCCGAGACCACCAUCCGCCAGCAGCUGGAGGAGAACGGCCGCCUGAAGGAGGAGCUGAUGCGCAAGACCCGGGAGCUCGACGCAAUCCGGUCAGAGGCUACAAACCAGACCUCUUUCACUGCGCUGGAUCAGGACCGCGCCAUCGAGGCCUACAGAAACUCUUAUUCAGCUGAUGCAGUCGGGAACAAGGUGGAGGACCCGAAAUCGUUCAAGAAUGGAGCUGGAGACCAGGUGUUGCAGGAUGCCAUGAAUCAGAAGUAUCUCGACGCCAACCACUCUAACGAGAUGCUGAGAAAGCUGCCAGGGGACCAGGCUACUGCUGAGGCUGGCGUGCGGUCCCAGUUCUCUACUCCGCCGUCGCGUUCUCUCUCGCCUGCUAGGCGCCAGAGAGAAGGAGAGUAUGAUUCUAGACUCAACUUGGCUCAACAAGGUAUGGAGAUGAGCUCAAACAUUAUCUGGAAACAGGAUCUUCUUGCAAAGGUUAAAGAACAUGAAGAAGAGAUCGCACAUUUAAGAAGACAUCUUGCUGACUACUCGGUGAAGGAGGCCAAGAUACUUAACGAGAAACAUGUUUUGGAAAAACGUAUUGCGUAUAUGCGAAUGGCAUUUGAUCAGCAGCAACAAGAUUUAGUUGAUGCUGCUUCGAAAGCUUUAUCCUACAGACAGGACAUCAUUGAAGAGAACAUACGUCUGACGUACGCCUUACAGGCAGCACAUCAAGAGAGGUCAACUUUUGUAUCUUCUUUGUUGCCUCUUCUGUCAGAGUAUAACCUUCAACCUUCUGUUCUUGAUGCGCAAUCAAUCGUUAGCAGUCUGAAGGUUUUAUUUACACAUUUGCAAGAGAAACUCAUUAUUACAGAGGAGAAACUGAAGGAAUCUCAGUACCAGAUUACUCCUUGGCGUGUUGAAUCUUCAAAUAAUACAAGUGGUCCUGGACAGUCACCUUCUCAUCCUCCUGGAAAUGCGUUGGUUGCUUCUAGCCAACCCAGCCUUGACAUUGUGCCCCAGCAAGCAUAUUCUCAUGUACAAUCCCCAAUUUCUUCUCCCGUCCGAACUAGACGUGAUUGGGACUUGUUGGCGAAUGAGAACAAUCAGGUCAUCCCAACCGAGGUUGCUUCAACAAAUACAGAGCAUGGCAAUGUUGGAAUGGCCUCUCCUCCAAGCAGCAGCCAAGAUACCAAGGAUGUUCAAGCGCAAGGAGCUGAGCGUGAUUCUCGUGCUGUACGAUUUAAUUUUGAAUCAAAGGAUCAAAACCCAUCAUUCAAGGACCUUGUUAGGAGUGAUGUGUCAGAAAGUCCAGAGGGAGCUGAAACCCAAAUUUCACAAGAACCUCCUACAGAAUGGGGUCCUGAAGGCCCACCUGAUUUGGCAUCUGGCCUUGAAGAAGGAAACCUGCCUUACCCUUAUCUUCCUACUGUCCUCGAGGAGCCUAAUUCUUCUUUCUCUGAAGCUGCAGAGGAUGACCCACUGCCAGCCAUAGAUGGGCUAAGAAUCACAGGUGACGCUUUUCCUGGAAAAGAAAUUCAAGCAAGUGGGUAUUCUAUCAACGGGACCACAAGCUGUAAUUUUGAGUGGGUCCGCCAUUUGGAAGACGGGUCAGUAAAUUACAUAGAAGGUGCAAAACAGCCCACAUAUUUAGUUACUGCUGAUGAUGUGGACUCUUUACUAGCCAUAGAGGUCCAGCCUCUAGAUGACCGGAAACGGAAGGGGGAGAUCGUGAAGGUUUAUGCUAAUGAGAAGAGAAAAAUUACUUGCGAUCCUGAAAUGAAGGAGCUUAUCAGGAAAAUUCUUUCAAUUGGGCAUGUGUCUUACGAAGUUCUUCUACCCGUUAGAUUUAUAGACAUGUGGGAACCUGCAGUAUUGGCAAUAAAGAGGGAAGGUUACAGCAUUAAGUGUAACGGACAGCGUGGUGUUGUUGUUACAGAGAAAUUCCAGCAAGCUACCGCUAUCAAUAUCCCGUAUGGGCGUCCUAUUGAAUUUUUGAUCCAGUCCGCUGAUGGUGCCGAGUAUAAUCUCAAGCCUGCAGAGAGUUCCCCAUCACGAGAUAGCAUUGUUCUAAUACUGCGGCUGUUCAGAAUGAAGGCGGUGGAGAAGAGUAAAGGAAGAAAAAAGGGCAUCUUCUUCAAGUAGAGUGGAGUGGAGUAGAGUAGAGGUUGAUGGGAUUUGUCUUUUCGUUGUAGCUAUUUGUUGAUUUAUUUGUAUUUGUCGCGUGAUUCUUGAUUGUAGAAAGACGAACUAAGGAGUUAGAGGUAGGUACUAGCCAGCUAAGGUUUCAUGCCUAUGACAAUGUAUUGCAGACUCUCUAUGCUGUAUCUACCAUCUGUCAUUGUGUAGAGAAAGUUAAGGUACAUAUGCGUUUUGGUAUGGAUAAUACAAGUGCCAGUUUGGUUAGUGUUA